AUGUCAAAUUUAAAGACCAUCCUCGACCGCCUUGUUAAAGAGAAUCUCCACGGUCCCAUCAAUCGUGGAGCUCAAGAAGGACUCAAGCACAACGCACACAAAGAAGCUCAGGAAUCACAUGCCGAAACUGCAGGGGAAAAUGACAUGGACGCGCAUGAUCCACGGUGGCGACAACUCUUUCACGAGUUCUUCUUAUCAGAGCAUUCGGAUGACCGGAACGACGAUUUGCUGUUCUUUGUGCAGAGGGUAUCUAUGGAAGUCCAGAACGGAGGGCUGGGCGUCGAUCCUGUCUUUGUAAAGCGGAAGGUCAAAGGCGGUGGUUAUGAUAAUUCAGUAGGGGGACACAAUAUCCUGGCGCCGGAGCAGGAGGCAGUGGUGCUGUGGAAGGACACGUUCUUUUUGAACGUCAUUGUGCAGUUGCCGUGCAAAUUGACAGUGGCAGUAUGUUCACGAGUAGCAGAGACGAACCCGAUUACCGGCAUUACAAAAACUAGCAUGACCUGCACACGAAAAUACGUAUCGAAACGAGUGUAUGCAUUACCGACGAAAUCCCGCGUCGAUGUCAAGGAGGCCACAGUGGAGUGCUCCUGGCCAUUGAUCUACUAUGUCAUUGAUGAUUAUGAAGAUACUUUUGAGCAGCUCAUGGUUCGGGAUAGCGAGUACCUCUGUGUCGAGUUGGCAGUGACGCUCCCCACAUCUACAGCGAAAACGAUCACACCAGGGCUACCUUCAAACACACAGCAAUAUCAUCAGCGGUCAAGAGCAUAUCAUCAGGAGUCUCAUUGGAGUCAGCCACCAGGCAAUGAUGGGUUGCAGGUCGGGAAACCGUUUCCGGCUACGUCUGGUCGAGGAGGUGUAGGAGGAGCUGGCGGUAACAAAAUUACGUUGUUCCAAGGAGCUGCAGGAUAUCAGAAUCUUCUGGGGAUCUACCAGCAAAAGGCUGCUUCCAAAGUCGGGAGGAGGUUCAAGUUUGGUCCGCACACGGUUCCGACUGAAUUUGUGAUGAUGCGAGGACCUGGAGGUCGUGGACAUGCCCAGGUGGCGAUCACCGCGUCGAAUGUAAGGGAUGAUCCGCUACUCAGCUAUUCCGACACCGGAAGUCCUCCCAUUUCGACACCCAGUUCACCUGUCAGAGAUUCCAGGGCCACUCGGCUGACCACAGGAAAGAAUUUGCCUCCCAACCCGGGUACAGAUUCCAACGGUCAUGCAAACGGACACCCCAAUGGCAAUCGACACGAGAAAGUCGGGAUCAAUACCAUAUCACUGCCUCCUCCUUCAUCACCCAGUCCGAAACAACCAUCAUCUCCUAUUCCAAGUUCGCCUGCAAAGUCUUUCUCAGCUGGAUCCUUCUUCCAAUCCUUGCGCCGGAUUUCGUUGGCGACCUUGGCACAGGCAGCUGCAGCACCAGACACGAGUUCUACGCAUAACGGCGGCACCUCGAACGGCUCGCUGCCUCAGAGUCAUGGGAGUGAACAUCAUCAUAAUGGUUCACCGGUCUCACCGGUUGCAGGAAAACGUCCGCCGAUUUCAACUACGCCAUCUUACAGGAGUGGAAUCUCUCAGGAGGCAACAACAGGGGGCGUCAGCUCUUCGGGCGUGGGUUCGAGACAGGAAAUUGAAGCCUUGGUGAAUCAACCUCAAAGCCUGAGAUGCUGCAUGACGUUCGUGAACGUGCCCUGGACAGGGAUCGCUGCCAUGCUGAUGGACUAUGCGUAUCAUAGCAAUAAUUAA